AUGGCUUUGGACAAACCUCACUUAGCGUUAGAAGAGCCGUGUACCAUUAUACAAAAAUCAAUGAUAUUGUGGUUCCAUGGGGAGAAGAUACGAAAGUGGCUGCCGGCCAAAGACGUGCUGGUCGCCGCCCUGCUGCCGCCACUGGCCCCGGGAGAGGCCGCCCCCGCCUCGGACGUGGGCGGCGCGUGCAGGCAGCAUGCCGCUCUCUACCGCACCGCCCUCCAACAGCUGCAGCCCUGGGCCAUGCGCAUGUACGACGCGAGCGCAAAGCUGUCCGGGGGCGUGCUGACGGGCGCCGUGUCGCAGCUGGGCCAGCUGGAGGAGUGCCUGGCGGUGCGCGGCCCUGCCUCCAGCCCCGCGCCCCCGCCCUUCGCCGGCCGCCACUGCACGGCCUCGCUCAGCGCCGCCCUGCUGCCCCUGACCUCGGCGCCGCCACCCGCACAGGGGUCUCUGCGGGAGCUCAUCCUCGCCGUCGCUGCAGCAUCGGACAUGGACGUGCAGACGCUGACGGGCACGGUGACGUACAAGUGGUCCUUCUGCGUGCCGUCCACGUGCUCGGCAACCGACGUGGAGGCGGAGCUGGCAGCCAAGCUGUCGCCUCUGUCUGCAGACCCGACGGCCAACAUCAGCCUCUCGGUGCCGCCCUCUGCCUGCCUCUCCGACGCCGACACCGCGGAGCCUUUGUCGCCAGAACUCAUAGCUUUCCUGUGUCUGGUGGCGCUACUAGCGGCUGUGGUCGUCAUUGGAACUGCACUGGAUGUUUUUGCCGCAAGGGAGAUGCAACCUCCACGCUGGCGGCGGGCGGCGUGCGCCUUCUCGCUGCGCGCGUCCUGGAACACCCUCUUCAACGCCGGGGGCGGAUCUGGGGGCGGCCGCUUCGAGUCCUUCGACGGGGUGCGGGUGCUGUCCAUCCUGUGGAUCGUGCUGGGCCACACCUACUACAUGACCGCUGUGCAGCCGCUCGUCAACAGCAUAGAGAUCGCCGAUUGGCACGAGAUGUGGUACCGCAUGCCGCUGAUGAACGGCACCGUGUCCACGGACUCGUUCUUCGUGCUGGGGGCGGCGCUGCUGGCGAUGGGGUUCCUGAGGGAGCGCGAGAGGAGACAGGAGCGGGGGCGGCGCCUGGCGGCGGAGCUGUGCCGCGCCGCGGCGCUGCGCUACGUGCGCCUGACGCCGCCCUACGCGCUCGUCGUCUUCUUCUACGCGGCUGCCCUGCAGCGCCUCGGCACCGGGCCCCUCUGGGACUCCGUGGUGGGGCCCGAGGUGAACUUCUGCCGCCACUCCUGGUGGGUCAACAUGCUCUACCUCAACAACUACCUGCACCUCGACCAGCCGUGCAUGAACCAGACGUGGUACCUGGCGGUGGACAUGCAGCUCUUCCUGGUGGGUCUGCUGCUGCUGACCGCCGUGUGGCUGUGUCCCCGCGCCGCCCCCUUCGGCCUGCUGGCCGCGCUGGUGGUGGCCGUCGUGACGCCGCUGGCCAUCGCCGCCGCCUACGACCUCACCGGCUCCAUGCUCUACGCCACUGACGACGCCAUGCUGUGGCAGGUGUUCAGCUUGCUGUACACGCCCUCGCACACCCGCGCCGGGCCCUACAUCGUUGGUCUGGGACUCGGCUACACACUGCACCGUCUCAAGGGCAAGCAGUUACGCCUCACUGUGUGGCAGGAGGUGGCGCUGUGGGCGGCGAGCGGCGCGGUGUGGGUGUUGGCGGUGCCGAGCGCGCUGCCGCUGUACGGGCGGUGGCCGGCGGUGCCGCAGCCGUGGUCUGCGCUGUACGCGGGCCUGCAGCGGCCGCUGUGGUCGCUCGCUCUCGGCUGGAUGCUGCUCGCCUGCUGCAAGGGCCGCGCGCGCCCCCUGCAGUGGCUGCUCGGGCUGCCGCUCUUCCGGCCGCUCAGCGCCCUCGUCUACUGCGUCUACCUCACGCACUACGCGCUCCUCAUCUACGUCGACGGCAGCGUGCGCACCGCCGGAUUCCUGUCCGACUUCGGAACGAUCCAGUCGGCCAUCGGCGUGCUGGUGACGUCACUGGGCGUGUCGCUGGUGCUGCAUCUCACUGUGGAGCUGCCCACCGUCGCGCUGUCCAAGGAGUUCCUGCGCCCGCCUCCCCCGACGGGUACCAAUCAAGCGCGGGCGACCUCCGUCUCCAAAGGCGGGGUGGACUCGCGCGCCGAGGAGCACACCGUGGACGUCGGCUGCUACGAGAACCAGGGCCUCGACCUGUCCCUGGACAAGCAGGGACCCUCGCAGUCCAGCACAGAGGCGACCGCCUCGCAACCCUGAGGCUACACAGCGUCCAGCAGCUGGUGCUAGAACCUUCUUCUCGCGGCACGCGGCCUGCCUGCAAAGACAAACAACACGGGUGUUAGUGUUGUAGAAACGAGCAGGACACACUGUUGCACAAUACGGUGUUAUGUUCCUGUUGGGACACCUGACUUUUAACAGAUAAAUUUACAGUGCAGGGUUUCCUGUGUUUGAAAUGGACGUUGUUGUAAAAGUUGUACUUAAGGUUUUGCUACGUGCUGCGGCUACGGUCGUUUCGCCCACUAGUCGACAAUUACUGUAAUUUCAUAGUAGUACUAUUGCUAGGGUAGGAUUGUCAGCAGCGUUGGACCGGUCCCCACAUUUCUAUACACCAAUGGGACCAAAUUUAUUUUAGCUGUAUGAUGUAUUUAUUACUCUUGUACCUGAAUAGUAUAUUCCUCUGCAAGUGAUCAUUGUCAUUUAAGGUUUGAAGAGUUCUAUUUUUAUAUUAUAAUUGCUGCCUUGCCGAGUAAUAAAAUAUUGAAAAUACAGGGUCCUAAAUGCAUAUGGAAAACGUAGGUGGGAACUUGAUGCCUGUCACCGUUAAGUAUAUCACGGGAUUCAUCUUUGUUACUUGUCUCAAACGUUUCACAUAGCAGAACAAGAUCUUCUGUAGACUAAGUUCCUAUUACAACGUACUUAAAAGCUUUUAACAUAUUUUUUUAAGCUUAGACAAUAUUUAUCCGGAAGCUAGUUACGGGUUCACUCUAUCAGGAAUUUUAUUCGGCAGGCAAAUAAAUAGUGUGGACUACGAAUAAUUGACAUGGUUGUGAUCUGGGGCAGCUUUAACCUGUAAGAGAUAUCUAGAUAUCUUUAUUUUUUAAAUUUGACAACCACCUACCACAGGUUUCCAUUGAUAUACUGUCUCCAUUGUUUAAGAUUUAAUAUGUUAAUUCUUAGCAUGCUGUUUAUUAUAAUACAGGUAACUCCAUAUUUAUGAUUAAAUAGUUUUUUGUGUGUUGCUCAAAAGUUCCUAAUGCUGUUUACAGCUGAAGCUGGUAAUUGGAAACUGUCUUUCAGCCAUACUAAUUUGCAUAAAACACAAAGAACAAAAAUUGUAAAUAAAAUUUUGACUGCAAUAAAUAAG